AAAAAAUAUUGCACCUAGCCAUCAAAACAAAAUUUGUAAAACCAAGUCGCCAAGAAAAUCUUAAUUUCUUCACUUUUUCUCGUUUUUCAAUGUAAUUACAUGGUGAGAAUAAAUUGUGAAUGUUUAUAGCAACCCAUUGUUGUAAAAUUCCUAGAUAUGGCGGCAUAUAUCCGUGUCGUUGAGGACGAGUUGGACCCCGAAGUGAUCGAGCUGCCGGUCGAGCCGGAUGGCACGAUGUUGCUGAGCACGCUGACAGCGCAGUUCCCCUGCGCCUCGGGCCUCAAGUACCGCAACCCCGGUACACGGAGUCUGAGGGGACUACGGGUCGUGGAGGGAAGAAUACAACCGCCUGAUGAUGUGUGGGGAGACCACCUUUAUAUAGCAGUCUUCCCCAAAGACAACAAGCGCAAAGGCGAUGACAGCAGUGAGAACAACUCAGCUAAAACCCGCCGCGUAGAGAAUAAAACAGUGGACUUGAUAGUGCUCGGGUUGGCUUGGAAGACAACGGUAGCCAGCAUGAGGGAAUACUUUGAGAAGAAUUUCGGUGAAGUUCUCAUGUGUGAGAUCAAGAAGAAUCUGGAGAACCAAUCCAAAGGUUUUGGUUUUGUGAGAUUCAAGGAUUACAAAGUGCAAAGCUCAGUGGUAUCACAGAGGCACAACAUUGAUGGUAGAUACUGUGACGUCAAAAUACCAGACUCGAAGAAUUCCCAAGACUCCAAGAAGAUGUUUGUUGGACGCAUGCCACAAGACAUGACCAAGGAAGACCUGUAUAACUACUUCUCUAAAUAUGGUGAAGUCACAGAUGUGUACAUCCCAAAGCCGUAUCGCUGUUUCGGGUUUGUGACAUUCUUAAGGUCUGAUGUGGCAACAGUUGUUGCCAGUGAAGACCACAUUUACAAGGGUACCAGUCUACAAGUGAAUCGCGCUGAGCCCAAGAAUCCUAAGAUCAGAAUGCAAGGAGAUGACCAUUACCCAAGUUAUGGGUACGGAGGAGGGGGAGGAUAUUCGGACCAAGGCAGAUACUACUCCCGAGGGGACUACCCCCAGAGUGGGCGGGGCCGAGGACGGGGAGGUGGCAAGAUUGUCCCACGAGGCGGAGACGGGUACCGGGACCGAGACCAAGGUAGUAUAGGGGGACCAGGGAACCAGGUCAAUACGUCCAAUGUUGGCGGGGGUAUGGGAGGAGGCAUGGGUGGGGGCAUGGGUGGGGGUAUGGGUGGCGGCAUGGGGGGUGGUAUGGGGGGUAACCCAGGCGGGCAAGGUCCAGGACAAAUGGGCAACUUUCCGUGGAAUCAGGCAAUGUUGGCUGCGCUGAGCCAGGCAGGCUGGGGCAUGAUGAGCAAUAUGCUGGCGCAGGGUAUGCAGCAAGGCAUGCAGCAGCAACAGCAGCAGCAGCAGCAGCAACAGCAGCAGGGGAACCAGCCCCCGCAGCAGCAGCCGCAGCAGCAGUCACAGCCAUCUCAGGGUUCCUUGUCGCAAGGCAGUCAGUCCUCGCAAGUGUCAAAUCAAGUGAUGCAGACACCAAACAGUAGCGGCGGGUACGGGUCCGGGCAGCAAUCCUUAGGAUGGGGGUCUAGUCAGUCUAGCGUAGGGGAGACGGGAAGUCCUGGUUACUUAAUGGGGGAAAGUAAGAGUGGAGGCAGUGGGUGGUAGAGAGGUACCAGAAGUCAUGGUCCAAGACUGGAUUUGGAUUCUGUUUCUCUGAAUGCUGCUGGUCAGAUCCUUGGCAAGCAUGGUAAAGUUUGUGCGGUGGCAGAGGACAAAGUCUUGGAAACUUUGGCACCGGGAACCAAACAAAUUGUGAGCAUACCUCAUGCACACAUUAGAUUAACCCUAACCUCCCUUGCAUUUUUGUUAGGAUGCAACCUCAAUUCCUGCAAAAUCCUCCAAGUUCCUCCAUGCAAAAUUGCAUACAGCCUCAAUCCUCCAAUAUCAUACAUUAUUUCUGGAAUGUUGUCCUUGGAGGGGUGACCACAGCUUCAAUGCUGCCAAAUCCUCCAGCAAUCACUGUCAAUGUGUUUUAGCAGGGCCAGUGACAUCCCGGAGCAGUGCGGAGGAUCUCAAGUAUAAUAUAGGCCUAAAUUUAUACACAGCUGAGCAUAAACAACACAAAGUCCGGCCUAAGACCUUGAUACAGUGCAUCCUCCAAAAUCAGCCAUACAUUUUUGCCACUGUGCAAAGAGGAUUACGGAGCAUUUGGGAAGGUUAGGGUUAAAUACAGGCGACUCUCAUUAUAACGAGGUCGAUGGGACUAGCCAAAUUACCUCUUUAUAACAGAAAUGUUGUUAUAAAAGGACAGCGAAACAAAGAAACACAAAGAGAACCUGAGAUUUGGGACCUAAGAAUUUGCUCUUUAUAAGCAGAACCUCUUUAUAAAAGUGCUCUUUAUAAUGUAUAUGGCAUGUAAGGUAUGCUGUGAAUUUCGUGGGUGCGGGUGCCAAAGUUCCCAAGACUGAAUGUGAUUCCUCUAGUUACUUUCUACUGCCACGUAGGCUUAACCAAAUUGGUCAGGGUCCUGCAGCAUUAGGGGAAUCAAAUCCAAAGCGGUCUGAAACCAAGACUACUUGUAUGAACGAUCCCAAAAAGACAACUCGGAAGACUUUUCCCAUAUGCAUCUUGCCAUCUUACUUUGGUGCUUUGUGCUAUUAGUUAAUUCGCGAUUAAACACACACUCAGGUUAGUGAUCUCUAUUGAAUUCAAUGAAGUUCUUGUAAAGCAUGUAGCACAACUAAUUUUGAAAUGUAAUAUUAAUAUGAUCGCUGAAUUUUGAAGGUCGGAAUGUACCUUGAAACAGCCCCUUCACUGUACGUGUCAAAUGACAGCAAAGGCACCAUUCUAUUUUGAUAUCGCUGGGCAGUGUAACACUCAAAACUACAUUGUUGUAAAUACAAUUGUAAAUAUUAUCAAUGUUUGGCAAAAAGUAGCGUUUCAUCUUUCAUGGCAUUUUAAUUGCUGGAGAUAAGGGUGGGAGUGGAAGGGGAAAGGAGUGGGGGGGUUUGAGGGAAACUGAAGGGGGUUAAAUUGGGGUUAAUAGGCUUUAUUCAUGAGUCGGCCAUAUUAAAUUGAAAGCGAG